AAGUGAUACCUGACCGUUUUGCGAUGCGAAACUCAACAAAUCGGUUGACCAUCUCGCGACCGCCACCAACGUCGGCCCAACGGCGCCGUUGCCAAUCCCACAGUGAAGGCAAAACCCUUCUGUACCCACCCCGCGGGGCAGCGGAACUGAGACUUAGGUAUGCUCACGGAGUGCACUAACGAAGAAGCAACAUUAGAUGUCGUAGCUGGAGGUCAAGUCUGCCGAAAGCGACAAGUGCUUGAUCACCCCUUCGCGCUCAGCGUCGCCGCGGCGGCACUCGGUAACAAUGUGCCUUAUGCGCCCACUGCCCCCGACUCCUACGAGGUCAGAUUCGGGUCGGCUUUUUCUGACGGUUCCAACGCUAUGUCCACCUCACGUUGCCGAAACUGCCAGGCUAGGCUCGUAACGGUGCACGCACGGUCUGCAAGGUCGUCUAAUGCGACCCAAAAGGGGUAUUCGUCGCAGCUAGGGCGGGGAUGAUUGCAGGAGCAUUGCGCCGCGGCUGCAGUUAAGGUUGGUAUCGAUAUGCUUGGCAGAAUGAUUCGCACGGCCGUUGGUGCUAGGUGAUGGUAACUCCUGAGUUAUCCC